AUGGACCUUCUCUCCACGCCUGACAUCUUGAGCUGGAUAUCAUGUCCAGUAAAUGCUGUUCCACACGGAGCCAGUCUUGUGACAUGGUGCACAUGUGCAGGGGACUGCUGGCUGCUGGCGGCCAUCGCCUCACUGACCUUAAACGACACCCUCCUGCGCCGAGUGGUCCCGCACGGACAGAGCUUUGAGCAGGGAUACGCGGGAAUCUUCCACUUCCAGUUCUGGCAGUUCGGCGAGUGGGUGAAUGUGGUGAUCGACGACCGUCUACCUGUGAAGAACGGCAAGCUGUUCUUUGUUCACUCGGCGGAGGUUGGCGAGUUUUGGAGUGCGCUGUUUGAGAAGGCUUACGCCAAGUUGAACGGCUGCUACGAGGCUUUGUCAGGGGGAAGAACAUCGGAAGCCUUCGAGGACUUCACGGGCGGCGUGACGGAAACGUUGGUGUUGAACAAGGCGCCCUCCGACCUCUUCAGCAUCAGGGGCUGCACCAUCAAGAGAGGCUCGCUGUUCAGCUGCGCCAUUGACGUAAGUAAGAAGGUCCACUUGUUUGUGGACGGUGUCCAGUGCAGGUUGGCGUUGUGCUGCAAUACAGCUAUGCGGUUGCUAUAUUGGAUGUCGCAGAUCUGUCUGUAA